GUAGUGAAUAUAGGUUCAAAUGUGGAGUCGAGUUAAAUGGAGAGUGGUGGCGCUUGUCGUCAUUCGAUUAUCCUUGUGCCGGGCAGCUCAAGUCAAUUUGUCCGCGAAACGGGUCAUUGACGCCGAUCAAAAAUUCGUUUCCCUUCUCGGUUUCGAUUAUACUCCGAAGACUCACUCAUCAUUCACUGCUGCAUUUAAAUGCGAGCAGAAUGCCGAAAUUGAGGUUCCUUCCGAAACGUGCCGCAUUUUGGAACGAAAUCGCAACAUGAUUCACGACGUACCACUGGAAAAAAACAUGUUUUCGAAUGACGAAGGAGACUGUGAGGCUACGAUUACGACCGAAAACUCCCAGCGAUCAUCGAAUGAUUCGUUUUGUAAAUUUCAACAAAAGUGUUCGGAAAUCGUCAACGAUACAGAAUGUCACAACUGGAACACUUCUUCACUCGGCGCGCUGACGUAUUUAGGUGGAACCUUGCAUUAUCGAACUGCUGGUUGGCAUACAGUGGAUAUCCUCGCUGACGAAGGAGACAUGUUGAACCUGACUUGUUCCACAUAUGCAAAUGCAUCAUUUAUAAACGAUACGUGCAAGUGGGAGCAAUAUCCGCCAUUCGUCGUUUCAAAAGUCAAAGAUGAGUCGCAUAAUUUUUCGGCGACGCACAUUCUUGGGAAGCAAUGUGUCCUCACCAUACCCGCAGUUUCGAGAAAAUAUGUUGGGACUUGGACUUGUGUGACAAACGGUUCCCAUGGGACGACGCAGAAAGGGUCUAUAACGCUAGAUGUGACAUGUACUUUUCCAAUAAUACUAUCACGGAGAAGUCGGAUUGAUAUCUGCGUGCGUGAAGAUGCCUUCAGGGAUUUCAAAGCAUGUCUGCAAGAAAUCAGAGAAGGAACUGGAUCGAUUGAAUAUCAGUGUUACGACGAUGCAAUCACUGAGGCUGUUAACGUGUCUUGGGUUUUUUCGAGGUUAAAUGCCCUCUGCAACGUGCUAAACAGGGGAAGUGCAAAAUGCAAUGCUUUCAACGAAGGAGACGACGCAUCUUUCGGUUCGCAAGAUUCUCUGAGGCAAUUCCAGCAGCUCGUCCAGCUGCUGCACGAAAAUGAUCCAAGGACACAGAUUUCUCCUGCUUUGAUUGCAUCAACGGAUGGUCGAGUGUCCUCUGAAGCUCCUCGGACAGUUGGUAUCACCCAUGCGCAACCCAGGUCGUCUUCCCUCUCGGGUGCGCAUAGAGCCCCAAGGCGGAGUCUGAGUACCGUCGCUGAAGCUGACAAAGAAACGGACACCGAGGCUGACGAGAGAGAUCCCAAGGAACAAUAAAUUGACAACUCGAAUGCAUGCAUCGGAGCGAGAAUCUUGAAUUCCACUUGCAUUUCAUAUGAAUUGUUCAUGUAAUGAGUUUAAAUUCGAUGAUCGCGAUAUUGUUGGAGUGAUCAUUUUUUGACUGAAUUUUGAGAAUAAACGAAACAAUUGUUGACGCAUGA